AUGCAGCCUCUCACCAAGGAGCAGAACUCUGUGGUCAAGUCCCACAGUCCGACCAACGGCAAAGAAGAGGAAGUCCACACCGAUUCUAUUGAGGAGGACACAGAGUUUAACUGGGAGGAGUACAUGGAGGAGAAAGGCGGCAGUGCAGGCCCUCACACCAACUUCAAACAUGUGGAGAUCAGUCUCCAGAGCAGUUUUCAGCCGGGGAUGAAGCUGGAAGUGGCCAAUAAGAGUUCCCCAGACACCUACUGGGUGGCCACCAUCAUCACCACAUGUGGCCAGCUGCUGCUCCUGCGGUUCAGCGGCUACGGAGAGGACCGGAAGGCCGACUUCUGGUGUGAUGUCAUGACUGCGGAGCUCCACCCAGUGGGAUGGUGCGCACAGAACAACAAGAGUCUAUUGCCCCCAGAAGGCGUUAAAGAAAAACAAUGUGACUGGGGAGAGUUUCUCAUCCAGGAUUUAACAGGCUCCAGGACAGCACCAGCAAACCUGCUGGAGGGGCCUCUCAGGGGUAAAAACACCAUGGACCUGAUUGUGGAGGGAUCCGUGUUAGAAGUUCAGGACACAUGUGACCCUUUCCUCUACUGGCCCGCUCGAGUCAUCCAGAACGUCGGGGGGCGGCUUCGUUUACGUUACGCUGGUUUAACCGAGGAGCAUCUGCCGCGGGACUUUUGGCUUUUCUACUUGAAUGUGCGGCUGCGACCACCGGGAUGGGCCACAGAAAACUCCCACAAACUCGAGCCUCCAACAGAGCUCAGGGGUCUGCAGAGCGCCGCAGACUGGCAGCAGGCGUUAGAAGAAGCUCAAGGUGAAGGACAGAAGAACCCACUGCCCUUGGAAGUAUUUAAGGACCAUGUAGAGCUGCCCAAGCACUCCUUCACAGUGGGAAUGAAGCUGGAGAUGGUUCCUUGGUGGGAUCGGAUGCAGAUUUGCCCUGUUUCUGUCACAAAGGUCUACAAUGAGUACUACUUCCAAGUGACUGUGGAUGAUCUUUCCACUGACGCCAAGUGGUCGGUGGUGUGUCACGUGAACUCACCAGGCAUCUUACCCAUCCAGUGGUGUCUGAAGAACGGGAUUAGUCUGGAACGGCCGCGGGGCAGUGAGGGGCAGGACUUUGACUGGGCCGACUAUCUCAAGGAGAGCGGCACCGAGGCUGCACCAGACACAUGCUUCCCUGAUACGUGGCAGACGCGGGGCUUUGCCAAGGACAUGUGGCUGGAGGCAGUGAACCCUUCCCAGCCGUCAGAGGUGUGUGUGGCCCAAAUCACACAAGUGGCCGGUCGCCUGCUGUGGCUCCGAUUGCAAGGUGUGGCCCAGCCCCUGUCAGAGUGCAUCGUGGACAGCGAGUCUAUGGACAUCUUCCCUGUGGGCUGGUGUGAGGCCAAUGCUUACACUCUGACUGCUCCUCUCAAACCUGUCUCGUCCAAACAGAAGAAGAUAGCAGUGGUCCAGCCUGAAAAACAGUUGGUUCCUUUCGCACCAGCAGCUCCGGUCAACCACUGUCAGUCUGUUGCAGUCGAUCCAGGUGCAGCAAAUGGAAGAUACUCCUGCUCAAAGAUUUUUGUAAACCAUCGCUGUUUCUCAGGGCCAUACCUCAACAAAGGCCGUAUCGCCGAACUGCCGCAGGCGGUGGGGCCUGGCAAAUGCGCACUUGUUCUUAAAGAGCUGCUGACUAUGCUGAUCAACGCGGCCUACAAGCCUGGGCGAGUCCUGAAGGAGCUGCAGGAGAUGGAGACUCACAGCUGGGACUGUCAGGAGGAGACUCUCAAAGCCAAAUAUAAAGGAAAAACCUACCGCUCGACUAUCCGUAUCGCUCGGAUCGCAGACCAAAUCGCAGACUAUUGUCGAAAAGUGUGUCUGAAGCUGCAGUGUUGUCCCAACCUCUUCAGCCCGCUCCUUGUGACUGAUAAGUGCCCAGAGAACUGCUCUCUACAAACUAAAACCAAAUUCACUUAUUACUAUGGGAAGAAAAGGAAACUGUCCAAACCUGUGGGAGGAGAGGAUGCAGAGGGCGAUCAGGUCCAACCAGCUCGACGCAGAAAGAAGAGGAAAUCUCUCUUUGUGCAGAAGAAACGCCGCUCCUCCAAUGUGGACUACACCUACGCAGGCUCCCCACAGGACAGUGAUGAGGGCGAUGAAGACUUCACUUUCCACUCGGGCAGUGAGGGCAGCAGCUCCGAGCCGCGUGACGACUCGUCCGUGGCCGAGGUGAGCAGCAGCAGCCGUCCGCGCCGCGCCGUGACGCUCCGCAGGGCCGCGCACUCUGAACCCGGCGAGUCCCCGGAACAGGCGCUCAGGAGGUCCACUCGCUCCCGCUCCCAACCACGCAAGCACCAGGCCCCCGACGAGCAGCAUCCGCAGACGGAGGAGGAUGAGAGUCAGCUGGUCCUGGAGACAAACCCUCUGCAGUGGACGGUGGAGGAAGUGGUUCAGUUCAUUAACUCCACAGACUGUGCUUCUCUCGCCACUAUUUUCCUUGAACAGGACAUCGAUGGUCAGGCCCUUCUGCUGCUGACCCUUCCCACGGUCCAGGAGUGCAUGGAUCUGAAGCUGGGUCCUGCCAUCAAACUAUGCCACCACAUAGAGCGGAGCGAGAGGCGGUUCACGUUUCAGAGACACAUACUGCAGAGAGGUUUAGAAAAGCUGUUGUUCAAAAAGAGCGGCUUUAUUAGUGUUUUAUUUAACAGCUGCUGUGGGGCACUGCUGUUCUGCUUGUGGUCGUUUGAAGAUUCGGAUCUGGCUCGGGAAGUGGCCAUGCGUUUUUCCAAUUUUGAGAUGGAUCCUGGUCUGGCCUAUCACGAGGAGGUGCUCAACCCCUACUGUGCAGUUUAUAUGAAAGAGCCCUUCGACACAGAAACUACAACUACUGAACAAGACAGUACUGUGCCAGCAACUUUCUACAUUGUGGAAGCCGGAUCUCCCCUGCUGGGCUUGGAUUUGAUUAAAGCCCUGGGGGUCAGCAUCAUUGACGGCAAAGUGAUCCUCAACACGGACUGUGCAAACACGCCACCUGCUGGGGAGCCCGAAGGUGCAGUGCACAACAUUGACUCUACUCCAGUUCAAACACUCGGGUGUGUCAAAGGAUUUAUUCAUAAAGUACAAGUCAACAAUGCAGUGCGUCCAGUGCGCCAAAAACUACGACGUUUGCCGCUCAGUAUACGCAAAGAGGUCUCUACAGAACUUACCCGACUACUCCAAGCAGGCAUCAUUGAAAGAAUUGAUGCAUCUGAAUGGGUGAGUCCCCUGGUGGCGGGAAGAAAACGCCAAGGGGCUCUGCGCCUAUGUGUCGACUUGCGUGAACCAAAUAAAAGUGUCGUCAUGGACUGCUACCCGCUUCCUCACAUGGAGGACCUGUUCGCUGAACUGUCUGGUGCUACAUACUACAGCCAGAUCGAUUUAAGCUCAGCCUACCACCAGUUGCCUCUACACCCAGAGAGCCGCAAACUGACUGCCUUUAUAACCCAUGACGGCUUAUUCCAGUUCACUCGAGUCCCCUUUGGCCUUGCUUCCGCUCCAUCUGCAUUCCAAAAAAUGAUGGAGACAAUACUGAAGGACUUACCGGGUGUACAGAACUACCUGGACGACAUCAUUAUCUAUGGAGCUUCAAGAGAGGAACACGAUCUGCGCCUACAAGCAGUCCUCAACCGCCUAAGUGAGGCCAGCCUACAGAUCAACUUUGGGAAGAGCGCCUUCGCAAAAACACAGAUUACAUUCCUGGGCCAUGUCAUUUCCAAAGAAGGCUUGCGCCCGAGCACAGACCACCUUACUGCUAUCGCUGAAGCACCUGCACCAAGAAACAUGCCAGCGCUGCGCUCAUUCUUAGGUCUGACUUCAUGGUUUAGCAAGUUUGUCCCUAACUAUGCUACACUUGUUGAACCCCUGCGACUACUGCUCAAGACUAGCCCGCAGGCUAAACUACACUGGGACAAUGUUGCGAAUGAAUGCUUCACAAAGCUGAAACGGCAACUACUGGACAGUCCUGCUCUUGCCAUGUUCAAUCCAAAACUGUCAGCUGUCAUCACAACAGAUGCUUCUGACUAUGGCUUAGGAGCUGUCCUGACGCAGAUUCACUCAGACAAUACAGAGCGCAUCGUGGCUUUUGCUUCACGCACACUGACGCCUGCUGAGAGGAAGUACUCCACUACGGAAAAGGAGGCCCUCGCAUGCGUGUGGGCUGUCGAGAGAUGGAGGACAUACGUCUGGGGACGCAGAUUCACACUCCGCACAGAUCAUCAGGCCCUGACUACGCUCCUCAACACCAAAGUAUGCCAGUCCUGUGACAAGACUGCCAAAGUGUCACCUGCUCCGCUACAACCUGUAGAGUUUCCUGAAGGCCCCUUCCAGCAUGUGGCUGUGGACAUAGUCGGUCCUUUCGAACGUGGACCUCAGGACUGUAGGUUCAACAGAGUGCUCAAAGACUGUAUCCAGGGAGCACAGGCUGUGCAAAAGCCAUGGAAGCCAACAGUAACUGCCAUGCUCCAAAGCUACAGAGCCACACCCCAUGCUACAACGAACGAGUCUCCAUUCCUGCUGCUCAGAGGACGACCUAUGAGAACCAAGCUCCACAUUCUGCCACAACGUGAUGACACCGGACGUUACGACAAAGUGAGAUCCAGAGUCGCUCUGCAGCAAGCCAAAAACAAAGGCCAGGUGUACAAGCAGAAGAAGCCCACCAUGUAUCCUCCCUGGAGCACCACCUUCGACGCCCACGUCCACCGGGGGCGCGUCAUGCACGUCAUAGUCAAAGACCGGACCGCGGAGCUCAAGUCCGAGGCCACGGUGGCUCUGGACACACUGGCCACACGCUGCAAGAAGGAGAGCGGCAAACUGGAGAUGUGGCUGGAGCUCAAGCCGCAGGGACGAGUGCGGAUGGAGGCCAGGUACUUUCUCGAAAAAUGUGACGCUGCCAGUGCUGGUGCUGAGCCUGACACUGAGGGACUGUUCUCACUGCACCAGAGGAGAGGAGCCAUCAAACAGGCCAAAAUCCACCUGGUCAAGUGUCACGAGUUCAGCGCUACCUUUUUCCCCCAGCCCACCUUCUGCUCCGUUUGUAAAGAGUUUGUGUGGGGGCUCAACAAGCAGGGCUACCAAUGCAGGCAGUGCAACGCAGCAAUCCACAAAAAAUGCAUCGACAAAGUUAUUGCCACAUGCACCGGGUCAGCAAUUAAUAGUAAAGAAACAAUGAUUCACAAGGAGCGUUUUAAGAUCGACAUGCCGCACAGGUUCAAAGUGUACAACUACAAGAGCCCCACCUUCUGCGAACACUGUGGCACGCUGCUGUGGGGGCUGGCCAGGCAGGGGCUCAAAUGUGAGGAAUGCAGCAUGAACGUCCAUCACAAAUGCCAAAAUAAAGUAGCCAACCUCUGUGGAGUCAACCAGAAACUAAUGGCAGAAGCACUGGCUAUAAUAGAAACUAAGCAGCAGCAAGCCAAGACCUCCAAGGACUCAGUUUUCAUCGGUCGAGAGGGUCCCGUGGGCAUCGAUCAACCGGGAAAGGUCCGAGCUCCAUCAGGGAUUAUUAUGGGGUUACCAGCAGUCGCUAUUCCUAACAAAGCUGCCACAGAGCAGCAAGGUGUGUCCUGGGAGGGACCCACGCAAGAAGAACAUGAGGAACCUCUCUACGCUGUUCCCAAGAAAGACCACACGACCAAAUUCACUGUGGAGGACUUUAUAUUGCACAAGAUGCUCGGGAAGGGCAGUUUUGGAAAGGUCUUUUUAGCCGAGCUGAAGAAGAAUGGGCAGUACUUUGCGGUGAAGGCUCUGAAAAAAGACGUGGUGUUAAUGGAUGAUGAUGUGGAGUGCACCAUGGUGGAGCGGAGGGUCCUGUCGUUAGCCUGGGAAAACCCAUUCCUCACACACCUCUACUGCACCUUUCAAACCUCGGAGAAUUUAUUCUUUGUCAUGGAGUAUUUAAAUGGAGGAGAUCUCAUGUUCCACAUCCAAUCCUGCCAUAAAUUCGACUUGUACAGAUCCACGUUCUAUGGCGCUGAGAUUAUCUGUGGUCUCCAGUUUCUUCACUCUAAAGGAAUCAUUUACAGGGAUCUGAAGCUGGAUAAUGUGCUGCUCGACUCCGAAGGACAUAUAAAGAUAGCGGACUUCGGCAUGUGUAAGGAAAACAUGCUGGAGGAGUCAAGGACGGCUACGUUUUGUGGGACGCCGGACUACAUCGCCCCAGAGAUCUUGCUGGGUCAGAAGUACAACAGCUCGGUGGACUGGUGGUCGUUCGGCGUGCUGCUGUACGAGAUGCUGAUUGGCCAGUCUCCGUUCCAUGGGCGGGAUGAAGAGCAGCUGUUUCAGUCCAUUAGAACAGAUGUGCCACUGUAUCCGCGCUGGCUCACCAAGGACUCCAAGGACAUCCUGGUCAAGCUGUUUGUGCGAGAGCCAGAGGAGCGUCUGGGAGUCAAAGAAGACAUCAGGAAACACAGCUUCUUUAGCGCCAUCAACUGGAAGGCAAUUGAACAACGAGAGGUGUCUCCUCCUUUCAAGCCCACCAUUACAUCGGCCAGUGACUGCAGUAACUUUGACAAAGAGUUCAUCAACGAGAAGCCCCGUCUGUCCUGUGCCGACCGCGCCCUCAUCAAUAGUGUGGACCAGACCAUGUUUCAGAACUUCUCUUUCGUUAAUCCAACUAUGGCUCGCAUCACUGUGCGUUAA